AUGGGUCGGAGAAAGAUUGAGAUCAAGGCCAUCAAGGAUGACCGCAACCGCUCAGUCACAUUCUUGAAGCGAAAGGGUGGUCUUUUUAAGAAGGCGCAUGAGCUCGCUGUUCUCUGUUCCGUCGACGUAGCCGUUAUUAUCUUCGGUCACAACAAGAAACUAUACGAGUACUCCUCGUGUGAUAUGCACGAUGCUCUUGGUCGCUACCAAUAUUAUGGCCCUCCCCAUGAGCACAAAGGACGGGAAGACUUUGCGGGCAAGAGAGACGACGAUGACGAAGAAGACGAGGCGUCGCCAGCUCCCGAGGAUAUCCAAGCCGUUCAACAGAACCACCCCGCCAUCCCCCCUCAUCUCCAGAACCAGCCUGCUUUCCAACAUAUGAACCACGCCCCGUCCGCAUCUCCUCCGAUCCGUGGCAUGCCACUAACGCGACAUGGUACACCUCAAUCACAAGCAUCCCGUCCCUCUUCCCGGAAUCACGUUCGUCGAGUCAGUUCAAACUUGGGCCCGCAACAGCAUGGCACCCCACCGCCACCCCCUGCUCCCCAGAACGGAAACUUUACUUACAUAUCCAAUCCACCGAUGUACAAUCAGAAUGUUCAUCCGAUGAAUCAACAGCCUCGACCUGGACAAUACGCACACUUUGGACAUCCACCAGGACCGCAUCAAGGAACACCUCCCAUGCACGCACACGGCCUGCCACAACAAAUGCCACCUCAACAUCAGCCGCCGCAGCAUUUCCCACAGCAUGCUCACGCUGUAGGAAUGCCUCCGGGGUCUCAUGCACAGGUGCAGCAGGUGCAGCAGGCUUAUAUGCAAGAACAUGGUCGAGGUUCAAUGCCCCCUGGAUUUGCACCCGAUGGCCAACAAGAACGACCUUCGAUUUCUCAACCCCAGGAUGAUUCAGGUGGUAUGAAAACAGAACACAGCCAGUCGCCACCACAAGUGAAAUCUCUAUCCAAAUCGCGAAGCAUUUUCACGCCUAUUGAUGAUCGAGGCUCCGUGCUUGCCCGCCAUUUUGGAGCCGGAGCAUCGUCAUAUGAGCUCCCUCACAAUAGCCACUCCCUUCGGUCUGAAGCAUCGCCUGGGACAAGAUCGAUGCCCGUUAGGGCUGCUACGGAGACACCACGUCCACCCUCGGUCGCUUCUUCGUCGGAUAUCAAGCCACCAUCCAGAACAAAUAGUAGUACACUGCCUUCGAAGAGACCACAGCUGAAGGUUCAAAUCCCGAGCGAAAACUCCGAUGGAGGCAGUGCUACAGCCGAAUCAUCGCGUGAUUCUGCUGGUAACAAGUCUUCUACUCCGGCGAAAGGAAGUGCAGAGAAUGGUCCCUCAGGUGUGGUGUUGCCCCCUCCGUCGCCCUCAGCCGGUGCAAUAUUAAGCGCGGGGGCUUCGGGCCCUCCAAAUCCAUUUGCACGCCCACCUCCGCCCGUGGUAGCAACUCGAAAUGAUUCCUAUGGAAGCAAUAGCGGAAAUCCAAACAACAACGGGAACUCAAAUAAUAUAGAGACCCCUAUAUCUGCGCUUCCGAGCCGCUUUGUGUCCGAUGCCCUACUUCCCUCGCCAUCCAGCUUCUUCCCCGAAUGGGGCUUUGGUCGUUCCGGUCCCGACUCCAACAUGCUGCCGAGUCCUCUCACUUUCCCAACUCCGGCAGUACCCAGUGGACCCAGCUUUUCUCGAGAAGACGAACAAGACAAGAAAAGGAAAAGCCCAGACAGUGGGUCCACAAGUGAUGGUACACAUAAAAAACCAAAAACCUAA